AUGUUCAUAUCCAAAGUAUCGUUAAUAUCUAAAUAUCCCGAAGAUCUUAAAUAUCCUAAACAUCCUAAAUAUCGUAAAUGUUCAAAAUGCCCCAAAUAUCCUAAAUAUCCUGAAGAAUAUCCCGAAGAUCCUAAAUAUCGUAAAUAUCCUCAAGAUCUUAAAUAUCCCAAAUGUCGCACAAUGGAUCACAUUCUAAAAUCGAAUGUCUAUCCAACAUAUCUAAGACCAUUGGAAGCAAUUCUAAUCCCAAGUCCAUAUGAUACUAAAAUAUUGCUGAAAGCUAUGGUAAAAUUGCGCUCAAAUAUCUUUUAUACGUGCGAAGGUAAUACGUUUUUACAUCGUGAAAAUCGUAGAUUAACUAAAAUAAGGCGUUUACCUUAUAAACAAUUGCGAGAUUCUUAUCCGUUCGUGAACAGUCAAUAUGAUUAA